UAAAUAUCUGAACCAAAAUCAAGGGAGAUGGAGAGAAUCUAGAAAUGCCCAUUUAUUUAGUUCCUUAAAAACCCAAGGAAAAAAGAAAAAAUAUAAAAUAUCUUGAGAAAUAAAAGAAAUGUGAAGAAAACCAGAGAAUAAAAAGAGACCGGAUGUUGACAAAUUUCAUGUCACUGUUCAUAGAAGAAGGUCGUUUGUUUGUGUGAAGAUUUCUUAUCUGGGAUCUCUCUCUCUUUCUUUCUCUCUCUAACACCACCCCAAAGCAAAGCAACAGACGUUUGCUUUUUCUUCUCAACCUUCUCUCUCUAUAAACGAAAAUAAAAAUUACAACUUUAACAAUAUUGUAUUUUUUUUUGAGAGAGAGAGAGAGAGGGAGAAAGGAGUGGCCCAGUAGAUCGAAAUCUCCUGCUUUUUGUUCUUCGACCUGAUGAUGAUCUAAGCUCCUUUAAUGGUGUUACAAAAGCACCCACUUGGUUGUUUUGGCUGUAUUUGUUACUGUAAUUUUUUUUUGUUGUUGUAAAGCUUUAGUUUUUGUUGAUACCCUGGGGAGGUUUGGGAGCUGUGAAUUAUCUAUGAUGGGGAAGUAUAGCAACUAAAUCCAUGGGAGAAUCUUCAAGGAGAGGUGAUUAGAGGAUGUGGGUCUGAGGAAUGGGAAUAAAAGUGCAGCCUAAAAGUUUUCUGCCUGGAUAUUACUCAAUGAGGGAUCUCGAUGACGAUUCUAACAGUUGUAGCUGGCCACUUUAUUAUGGAGAUAAAUCCUUGACAAAUGGUCAGUAUUACAAGAGCUUUUCCCCAGGGGCCUUUGCAGAUACAUAUCCUGGGUUUGACAAGGACAUAUUGAAGCGAACAAUGCUUCAGCAUGAGGCAAUAUUUAAGAAUCAGGUGUCCGAGCUUCAUCGUUUGUACAGAAUACAAAGGGACUUGAUGGAUGAAAUAAAAAAGAAAGAAUUACAAAAAAAUUGGAUCCCUAUUGAGCCAUCUUUGUCAUCAAGCCCGUUAGCCUCACAAAUUACAACUGAAGAUGCUCACAAAUGGCAUAUUCGCAGCUUCCCUGUGGGUAGCUCUGUUUGUGCUAGACCAUCAAUAUCUGGUGUUGAACAUAGUCAUUCUCCCUUAAGUUCUGUGAAGGGAAGUAGCGGCCAAGCUGGUCCCUUUCUGUCGCAAAAUGGAGUUAAUUCAAAGGAUGUUGAGGUGCUAGAUUGCCGACCCACAAAAGUGAGAAGGAAAAUGUUUGAUCUUCAACUGCCGGCCGAUGAGUACAUUGAUACUGAAGAAGCAGAGCGGUCAAGUUGUCUGCCAAAUGGAAAUGGGAAAAUUGGGCCUACAAGUGGUGCGAAGCAAUUUCAUGGUGAUGUAGGGAAGACUGGUUGCCUAGGUGAUGCUUCAAGAUCCAAUUCAUGUUUGAGGGGAAAAAAUAGCUUGGCUGACUUGAAUGAGCCUGUUCAGAUUGAAGAAACCAAUGGUUCUCUAUAUUCUGACUUUCUAGGCCACGGCCCCUAUCAUGGAGGCCAUGAACUGCUUGCUAAACCAAAGAAAGAGCUUCUUGAUUUGCCAAAAGACAUUUCUGCGAAUUCACAUCACCAAAGUGAUAAUAGGUCCAUAAAUAAUAUACAUGUGAAGAACAAUGGAAAUGCUAGAGGAUUCUUUUCCCAUGUGCUUGAAGCAGGGCAUGGUAAAAGCAACUUAAAAUCUAUUUCUCAAGGUUUUCAGCCAGAGAAGUUGCCUGUAUCUUCUCAGCAAGUACAGGUUCUUUUUGACAAGGGUCAUGAUCCUCCAACAUUUUCGCUAACUGAUCAAAGCAAGGCAGAUCUCUCAAGAGAGAGAAUGCUUCACAGUUUAGAAGUUUCUGAAAGUAGGGAAAUAUUAUCCAAUAUCGGCCAUCCAGAGUCAACCAUGACUUCCAAUGUACCUAGUUUGAAUCCAUUUGCUUUUUGUGAUCCUAUAAAGCCAUGGUCUCAUUCAGUUUCUUCUUGGGAAAAACCUUCUAGUAGCUUAAGCCACAAGUCAAUGUCAGUUAAGACUCACCCAAUUUUGAAUUCAUCUGGUUCUUUUAGUAAGAGUUCUGUGAUAGCACCCCAGAGCAAUGGGAGUUUUGGAGAGAAGUGGCAGAUGAGUAGCAAUUCUAGACUUAACCCAGGUUUUGAAAGUGAAUUGCCCAAUCGAAAUGGUUUUGAUUAUGGAUCCUCAUCGGGGUCCAAGGAACCUGCAAUUCGAUUUCCUUCCACCAGUUAUGAUUAUCUGAACUGUAGUAAUGAUAGUAAGGGGGUCUUUGAGCACUUCACCAUUCAUGGUUCAACUGACCCCUACAACUGCAGAAAUAGUGCUGAUAUGAAGUUUACAAGUGAUGUGAAUUUGAAUGCUGUGCUUUCAAAGAGUUCAUCUAAUGAGCCAGUUUUGCAACAAGGUCCUCAAAUAGAUGGAGGAAGAAAGCAUGAGGACAAUCUUCCAGGGCUGCCAUGGCUACGAGCCAAGCCCGCUUAUAAGAAUGAGGCCACUAGUGCAGGUAGGGAUUUGAAUGUUGGAGAGUUGAGCUUCUCUCAGUCUUCUCCAAAGCAGUCAACCAAUAAAAAUGAGACUGGUAAUGGUUUCAGUCAAAUAUUUACACAGAAUGUGAAGUCAGAUUCAUUCUCCAAUAAUGUCAAUGCCAGCAGGAGUGAAAUAAGUGAAUGCCUGCACAAUAAAAAGAUUCUAGGGAUUCCCAUUUUUGAAAAGCAGUAUGCUUCUAAGAAUGAGUCUUCUUUUACCUCCCCAUAUGCAUCUGUUCCUCAACCAUCUGAAGGUGAAGCAGAAAAUAAGGGGAGAAAUAGGUUACUUGAUAUUAACUUACCUUGUGAUAUGACUGUUCCUGACGAGAUUCAAGACAUUGUUGCAGAGAAUUCUGCCCUAGAGAAGGAAGCAGACACAAAGUUAUCUAGUUUGAGACAUCAAAUUGACUUGAACUCCUGUGUUGAUGAGGAUGAAGGUUCUUUUGUACCCUCUGUUCUGAGCACCAGCAUGAAGAUGACUGGAGGGAUAGAUUUGGAAGCUCCACUUGUUCCUGAGCUUGAGGAUGUCAUUCAUGGAGAAGAAUUACUUGAAAAGGCGUGUGAAUUACCUUUGCAAUCAGCACAAAGCAAAGAUGACUGCCUGCAGGAUGAACUUAUCAAGAGUGCAGCUGAGGCAAUAGUUGCCAUCUCAUCAUCUGGUCAGUACAGCCUUUUGGAUGAUGUAAAUUGCAAUUCAUCUGAAACUUCUCAGAUAGAUCCCUUUAAUUGGUUUGUCGAGACAAUUUCAUCUUUUUGCGAGGAUCUUGAGAUCCAGCUCGGGCAUCUUUUGAGAGGUAAAGCUGGGGAUCAAGAUGAAUCUUCCUCAGAAGAGAUUGAUUACUUUGAAUCAAUGAUUUUGAAAUUAGCAGAAAUGAAGGAAGAGGAUUAUAUGCCCAAGCCUCUGGUUCCUGAAAACUUUAAAGUGGAGGAAACAGGAACUACCUCUUCGUUAACAACUCGAACGCGAAAGGGCCAGGGAAGGCGAGGAAGGCAGCGGAGGGACUUCCAAAGGGACAUCCUUCCAGGCCUUGCUUCCCUAUCAAGACAUGAGGUAACAGAAGAUCUUCAGACAUUUGGAGGGCUUAUGAGAGCAAUGGGACAUUCGUGGCAUUCAGGAUUAAUGAGAAGAAACUUAACCAGAAGUGGGUCUGGCAGGGGGAGGCGACGGUCAGUAACUAGCUCAUCUCCUUCUUUGGUAGCCGCCACAACUUGCACGCCAUUGACGCAGCAGCUUAAUAAUAUUGAAGUGGGGCUGGAGGAUAGAAGCCUUACCGGAUGGGGGAAGACAACUAGACGGCCUCGCAGGCAAAGAUGUCCCGCAGGUAAUCCUCCAUCUCUUGCAUUAACCUAAUUACCAAAACAGGCUUUAAUGAAUUAAUUGAGGAGUACUAUAGAGGGAACUAGGUCAUUGUUGCUUCAUGUCUUCGAUAAGUGAGGUUAUCAUGAUCCGUGGGGAUUGCCUUUGUACAUUUCUUAUCUUGAAAUUUGGCUACACUUGAUUGUCUGUCUUUGAGUGGUUACGGACAACUUGUAUUAUCCAUAAAUAAUGUUGCAUGAUUUCUUCCAAGCUUGUGAAUUUAGUGAAACCAUGAGAGCUCUCCCCGUGUUUUAGGGCUGAUUCUAACAAUGCCUGUACUUGCGGUUGUUGCCUUGUCUGGUUAAUAUUUUGCUAAAUGUCUGGAAAUGUAAUACUAUUACACACAAUGCAUAUAAAACCAGAUUGGGAUCCAGAAACACAAGUUACAAGCUUCCUUUUACCGUGACAAUGUAACCUAUGCAAAGGCAAAUGGAAA